AACUAAAAAGUAUUACAUGUCUGCCAAUGUCACUUUCUUUGAACAGACUCCUUACUUCUCUCCAUUUGUUCAGGAUGUUUCUAUCCUCCAACAGGUCCUUCCUAUUCGAAUGGCUGAGUCAAAUAGCUCCACUGUCUCUGUCAUUCUAAGUCUUGAUCACAAUCCUCCUGCACCCAUUUCUCCACAUACUGAGAUCAUCCCACACAGGGCCCCAAUGGAUACUCCACCUCCCCAAGGCAAUGGUGAAUCUCCUACUUCAGAUUCUUCUCCCUCGUCACCUCCUCUCACGCCUCCUGGUGAAAAUGAUUCAACAUGGCCUAUUGCCCUCAGAAAAGUGUCCUCUGUUUUUAUACUCAAGAAUGUGAAAGAAGCACUUGAUCAUCCUGGAUGACGUCAAGCUAUGAUUGCAAAAAUGCAGGCUCUUGACCAUAGUAAUACUUGGGAGUUGGUGCCCCUUCCCCUGGAAAAAAGUGGUUGGUUGCCGAUGGGUGUAUGCAGUUAAAGUCGGCUCUGAUGGUGAAAUUGAUCGGCUCAAAGCUCGACUUGUUGCAAAAGGUUACACUCAAGUUUAUGGUCUUGAUUAUUGUGACUCUUUCUCUCCUAGCCAAGAUGACUACUAUUCGCCUCUUUUUUGCCAUGGCAACCAUUCGUCACUAGCCACUUCAUCAAUUGGAUAUCAAGAAUGCCUUCCUACAUGGUGAUCUUAAGGAAGAAGUUUAUAUGGAGCAACCUCCUGGGUUUGUUGCUCAGGGAGAGUCUGGUAUGGUAUGCAAAUUGCAUCGAUCUCUAUAUGGCCUCAAGCAAUCCUCACGUGCUUGGUUUGGAAAGUUUAGCUCCAUUGUUCAAAAAGUUGGGCUAAAACGUUGUGAAGCAGACCAUUCAGUUUUUUACUGUCAUUCUUCUCUUUGGAAAUGUGUUUACUUAAUAGUAUAUGUUGAUGAUAUUGUCAUUACAAGAAAUGAUAUUGUUGGAAUAUCUCAACUGAAAGAGUACUGUGUGUAGACAUUUUCAAACCAAGGAUCUUGGAAGUCUCAAAUACUUCUUAGGCAUUGAAGUAGCGCAAUCAAAAGAUGGAGUUGUAAUCUUCCAAAGGAAGUAUGCUCUUGAUAUAUUACAAGAAACAUGCAUGAUUGAUUGCAGAUCGGUAGACAGUCCCAUAGACCCAAACCAAAAAUUAAGGACAGAAGAAGGUGAAUUAUUCUCCGAUCCAAAGAGGUAUAGGAGGCUGGUUGGAAAACUAAUUUAUCUCACUAUUACAAGGCCAGAUCUAUCCUUUGCAGUUGGAGUGAUUAGUCAGUUCAUGUAGGCUGGUUGGAAAACUAAUUUAUCUCCCGGGCAAGGAUUGUUAUAUGAAGAUAAAGGACGCAUUUAAGUCGCUGGGUAUUGUGAUGCAGAUUGGGCAGGUUCGCCUAUUGAUAGACGGUUUACUACAAUGUGUUUUUUAGGAGGAAACAUUAUUUCAUGGAAAAGUAAGAAACAAAAUGUAGUAGCUCAAUCAACAGCUGAAACCGAGUAUAGGGCAAUGGCGUCACUAACAUGUGAACUUAUAUGGGUAAAACAAUUCCUUCAAGAGCUUAAAUUCUGUGACAUCCAUACUAUGAAAAUGUAUUGCGACAA